GCGGCCCGGGCCGGAAGUCCUCGAGUUCCCGGGUGUGUGUCUGUGUCUGUGUCUCGCGGCGGUACGCCGCCGCGGUCAAGCGCCUAGGGGGUCCGCGUCUGAAGCGUCACCGCUGUCACUGCCGCCACCAUACCGAGUCACUUCUAGAGGGACGGAGGCCCCGGCCCUUCGCCGGGUGGAGAAGAUGUUGCCCCUGUCCAUCAAGGAUGAUGAAUACAAACCACCCAAAUUCAAUCUGUUGGGCAAGAUCUCAGGCUGGUUUAGGUCCAUCCUGUCGGACAAGACAUCCCGGAACCUGUUUUUCUUCCUGUGCCUGAACCUCUCUUUCGCUUUUGUGGAACUACUCUACGGCAUCUGGAGCAACUGCCUAGGCUUGAUCUCCGACUCUUUCCACAUGUUUUUUGACAGUACUGCUAUAUUGGCCGGAUUGGCAGCUUCUGUUAUAUCAAAGUGGAGAGAUAAUGAUGCUUUCUCUUAUGGGUAUGUUAGAGCGGAAGUUCUGGCUGGCUUUGUCAAUGGGCUGUUUCUGAUCUUCACUGCUUUCUUUAUUUUCUCAGAAGGAGUUGAGAGAGCAUUGGCUCCUCCAGAUGUGCACCAUGAGAGGCUGCUGCUUGUCUCAAUCCUCGGAUUUGUGGUAAACCUAGUAGGAAUAUUUGUGUUCAAUCAUGGAGGUCAUGGACAUUCUCAUGGCUCUGGCCAUGGGCACAGUCAUUCCCUCUUUAAUGGUGCUCUAGAUCACAGCCAUGGCCACGAAGAUCAUUGCCAUAGUCAUGAAGCCAAACAUGGAGCUGCACACAGCCAUGAUCACGCGCAUGGACAUGGGCACGCUCAUGGACACGGGCACUUCCAUUCUCACGAUGGUCCAUCCUUCAAAGAAACGGCAGGACCCAGCAGACAGAUUUUACAAGGUGUGUUUUUACACAUCCUCGCGGACACACUUGGGAGUGUUGGUGUGAUUGCCUCUGCCAUCAUGAUGCAGAACUUUGGGUUGAUGAUAGCAGAUCCCAUCUGUUCGAUUCUCAUAGCCAUUCUUAUCGUCGUCAGUGUUAUUCCUCUUUUAAGAGAGUCUGUUGGAAUAUUAAUGCAGAGAACUCCUCCCUCGUUGGAAAAUACACUUCCCCAGUGCUAUCAGAGGGUGCAACAGUUACAAGGUGUUUACAGCUUACAGGAACAGCACUUCUGGACGCUCUGUUCUGAUGUUUACGUUGGGACCUUGAAGCUCAUAGUCGCCCCUGAUGCUGACGCCAGGUGGAUCUUAAGCCAAACACAUAAUAUUUUUACUCAGGCUGGAGUGAGGCAGCUUUAUGUACAGAUUGACUUUGCAGCGAUGUAGUCAAUGAGAAGAAAUUGUUUGAGGACCAAAAUUUUCCAGUACUGUACAAUCCAAAGCAUUGUACUACCCAGUGCUCGAAAACGGAGACAUCAUCACUACAACACGGAAGCACCCAGUAGUGCAGGUAGAGUCGGCGUGUGCUGGGGAUCCCAGGCGGAUCCUGCCCAGACUGUGGCCUUGUGUGCUCUCCUCCAAGCCAUUCCGAUUGCUAAGGUUUCUGGGUUUGUUCUGGGGUCUUGGGUUAUCUCUCUCUUUUUUUUUCUGGGGGUUCUUGCUGAUCACCUUCAGCCCAUCCUAUCAUCACACCCAGCCAGUGAGAAAUUCAGACCGUGGGCCGCCAGUCUUCUGAAUAUCUUCACUAAAGCUGCUGGAAACCACUGCUUUUAUUCCCAUAAAACCAGUGUUGUUUUUACAAACAGAAGUCUGUUUUCUACGUGAUGUCACACUUGUUGACCGCUCUUCAGUGUAAUCAUACGUUUGUAAAAUUGUUUGUACCUUGCAAACUUAUGAACCAAACCAUAUUGGGUUUUCAAAGUGCCUUUGUAUCCGAAAAUAUAUUUGCCAGCAUAGAAAUGUACCAUCCAAGGUCAUAUGUAUGGUUUUUUAAUGGAUAUUCUGUAAUUUGUACAAAAUAAGACUUGCUAGUAACAUGUAUAAUUGUCUUUUGUGUAUUUCCAGCAUAGGUUUAAGUAUAUUAAAUUUCUUGUCUUGUGAAAAAGAACAUUAUUUUGCUUUAUAAAAAAUUCAGUGAUCACAUUAAGAUACUUUGUAGACUAGCUUCAAAAGUGCAAAUACAUUGGAAAAACUCAUUUAAACCAAAAACUCUCCUCUGUUACAGGUUCUAAACCCUUCACCUGUCUGUGGGAAAUCCUCCAGUAGCUGUCCUCAUCAUUUUUAUAGAUUCUGAUAGUGAUGAGAAAAAGCACCCCAGAGUUGGCAGAAAUAACUGUGACAGUGACAUUUUACAUCUUCAUCCUCUUUUCAGGUGCCAAGUAGUACAGGGUUUUUGUUUUGUUUUGUUUUGUUUUCUGAUUUUGUUUGCACAAAUACAAAUUACUUCCAGGAAUUCUAGGACAGCAUUUGAUUGAGUGUGAACUGUUAUCACUGUGGAGCAAAUAUGGUGAUAUAGGAUUCUUUCUAAAAUGGGUAUCUUACAAAUAGUUGGUUUUCUAGAGUCUCGAGUACUUGAAAAAUAAAAUUUCGAUGGGCAUGAUGAUGGACACUUUAAUCCCAGGACUCAGAAGGCAGGGACAAACAGAUCUCUGGAGUUCAAGGCCAGUUUGGUCUUGCAGGACAGCCAGUGAUACAUAGAGACCCUGUCUUAAAUUAUAAAUCAACUAUAAUUAGAGAUGACAGGUGCUUAACACUCAAAGUUCUUCUGGAGAGAUGCUGUUUGGGUGAACAUUUCCCCAUUGUACUCCAUUUAUCCCUACAAAUAUUCUCCUUAGUUUGAAUAAGUUAAUAUUGUUAGCAAAAUUUUAAAAACCUUGAAAGGCAAAAAUGAAGAGUGUAGAUCAGUGACAGACACUUUAUCAGUAAGGUGGCCGAAUUUACUGUUGAUUUUUGCCUGAGUUUUUGAGUUCCUUUUGUCCUACUUCUGACCUACAAUUUUUGAACUAUUCUGUAUUAGGAGAGCUAUAGCAGUCUCGACUGCAGCAGAAUACCACACAAUGUCUGUGGUGCCCUUUUUGUAAAUCAAGUGGUGAUUUCAAACCCUGUUUGCUUUCUGCCAGGUAGUUGUAAAGCCAAGACUCCCUGCAGUAGAUUGUGUUUGAUUGGAACAAAUUCGGCAGUCUUUCAGGAGGGAAUGUACAAAUGGAAAUGUCCUGGUCCUGUACUGCUUUUUCAUUUCUGUUCUGAGUAGUUGAGUCGGAUAGACCCCAGGAUAUUCUAUGGGUUGGGGCAUACUGCUGGAGAUGAGAGGUCUAGAUGAAGGCACAGACUCAGAUGUGAGCCUUCCCAAGCUAAUCUUGGUGACUCACUGUAUCGACACUGCACACAUGGAGUCCACUUUAUGGUUGACUGGUUAUAAGAUUUACAGAAGUGAAGUUGUUGUCGAAGUGUGUGCUUCUGGUUAACUAGACCCUCAGUGCCCAAUCUGUGAGUGUAGCUUUUCCUUUGGUGAGGCAUGGAAUAUGUUUGAUGUGAACUAAGUUUGCACUUUGUUCCAAGAGCUUGCCAGCUCCUAACAUUCUGCAGGUUGGCAUUUACACUUUUGCUUAAAUGUUGGCAUACCUGUAUGUACACAAAGAAAAAAAAUGUGAGCAGAAACAACCUUUCACAGAAAGAAAGCUUGUCUUCUAGUGUUCUUGAUGCAGACAUAAUACUAACCAGUGGUCCCACUAAGAAAUACUACCUGGUUAUGGUAGUAAAAUUAAAUCAGAAUACUCCUAACAUUAGGCUAAUAUUCAUCUUUAAAAAGCCAAUCUGAGUAUAAAUUUGCCAAUCUAUGAAUAACCAAAGUCUUUUCCCUGAAUAACAAACCUGCUUUGUUCAGGGAAAGUUACCUUACCAGACAAACAACCCCAACUAGGUGUAUUUUCAAAAUUUGUUGUAUUACUUGAUGAAGAACUUGACCGAAGUGUGCGUCUUCGUGAAGGACAGUAUCUAGUUAUGUGUAGGUUAGUGUUCCUCGACUGCCAUCCACUCCUCCUCUUUGCGGUGGAGGCAUAAGAUCAUAGCAACAGAUGUCAUUGUGAUUUCCCUUUAUCUAGAUUCUUCAGAGCCUACACAUACGUACUGGCAGCCAAACUACUGUGACUUCUAUGUACCUCUAUAAAGCAGCCAAAUCAAUAACCCCCAGUGUAGCUGAUCGGAACUUCCGUGUUUUUACAGACAGUAACAUGGGAACCAACAAGGUGUAGAUGCUGGGAUUUAAGAGUAACGUGUCACUUACCGUAGAAUUGCACACCUAAGCAAAGACUGUGCUGGCAACAGUCUGGUACUACCUCUCAUUUUCAUGAGAAACCUGAGGUCCAGAAAAGCUCUCAUUUCCUUAAGAUUACAGGGCUAAGUGGUGGCAAAGCCAAUGUUCGAAUGCGAUUAUCCGAUGCCAAGUCGAGAGUUCUUUCCACUGUACUGUGCUGCUUCCCUGUGUGACCUUGCCUUUCUGUAAAUGUGACUAAAUAUGGCUUGUCAAUAAAGAACUCUGACCUCUAGUUUGGGUCCAUGAAGGCACUUUAUAAAUGGAAUGUUGUGUCAGUUUUCAUACAUAAUUGUGAAGUUUAGAUUAUUUCCAUAGUAUUUGUUGCAGAAUAAAUUAUAGUAAUUAUUUUUUAUUCUUCCAAAACCAGCUCUUGACUUGGAAAAAGGAAACAAAAUUGUACUUUAGAUACUUUUAACUUGUGAGUGAAUUUUUAUUAAUUGCCCAAGGCUCAGUCCAGUUGAAUGCUGGCUUACUUUCCUAAUUUUGCUAAUCUGCUGUAAACUGGUUCCUUUUAGAUAGCAUGCUGAGUCACAGGUCAUGCCAUUUCAGCCCUGCCUGCCAUGUGCUGUUUCAGCCACUGGAGAGCAUUUUUACUUUAAAAGUUCUCAGAGCUGUGCAAAUGGGGGAGAGUAAAUGUAUGGAACACAUCUUUUACUUCACUCGGGUAAAGUUCUGAAAUCUUCAUCAGAACUGCAAAUAUUAGGCCACUCCGUAAAUAUACUACCUUGGCCAAGUUGAGGUCCUUUGUUUGCUUGGCUUUCUACGAAGAGUCACCAUUGUUGAAACACAUGGUUUUCCAAUUCUCUGUUCUGUGAAAGAACAGAAAGACUCUCAAGAUACGAUUUACAGAGGCCUCCUUAGUGAUUCAGAUCUCUACCACAGAAUCAAGACAGACAGUGAAAAACUGUAUAUCAAGGGAAGUGUUUGCAGAAAUACAGCAGAGAGGUGUAACUAUUUAAAGGCCAAAUGGGUGGGGCUUUUUUUGAUGAGGUCAUCUUGGGUUUAUAUUUAGCCAUUUCCUAACUACAAAAAACAAGGUAGAUCGUCUCUGCUAAAUAUUUAUGUAUCCGGGUACUUGGUGGCUUUUCUCGUGUUCUCACAUUUUUAUAAAGAGAAUUUUGCAUGAUUUUAUGAUUGACAGCAUCUGAAAAUCCAGUCCAUGAUUCUCACAGCAUGAGGAAGGAGUCCUUAUCUGGGGAGAGUCUGUGGUAUGGCAGCAACUCAAUCUUUUCUGAUGACUGUUUUUAAAAGACCCACGAAGUGGUAGCACAUCUGUGUAGACUCCUGGAAAAUCAGUGAACAUUUGAGGUGCCGUUGCUAUGGGAACAUUUACAAACUGCCUCCAGCCUGAUUCUUCCUAUGCUCUAUAUGUUUGCCUCAUAAUUUGGCCAUGGAACCAAAAUGGUGCUGAGGAAAUGGCACUAGAACUCUUUAAGUCCAUUUAACAAGCAGUCAGAAGAAAGUUUCAUUGGAAGUCGUGGUGGUGCUGCUCACUGACAGCAUCCUCUGUGCCAGCAUGAAGAAGAGAGUGCCCGCCCUCAAGAACGUCAUUGGGGAAUCGUCUGCCGAAAAGCACCCCUCAGUCUUCAGAAGGGUUAAGUAGUAUCUGAUUUACAGACUGCAUUUUACACAAAGCUUUUCAAUAUGAAAAGUCUGUUUCAUAAAUAGAAGCCUGGGCUUCCACCACAACUUUGAACACAAAUUUGUAAUUUUGACCGUGAUGUUGGAAAGCAUAAAAACCAAAAAGAAGUCUUGUAUGUCCUUUUCUGCUUUGACUCAGUGGGUUUGUGCGUACAGGCUCAUGACACAUGUAGUUCCCAGUCCCUCGUGGUAGAUGGGGCGAUGCAGCCUGAAGGGUAGGGUCAGGAGGCCACUGACACUCACUGCAGAGAACAUCUCAGCAGCUCUGCGAUCUUUGUCCAGACUGGAUUUCUGUUCACUCUGUCCAUUUCUCCCCAGCUAGCCUCUGAGAUGCUCAAUCUGUUGUCUACUUUCCAUGUUGUUGGGGGUUUGGAAGAACUGAGACUGCGCUGGGGCCUUCUGGACUGCACAGCCACGAUGAGGAUUUUGUCACCUCCCACAGUUUGGUGGAGAAUUGCCACAGUGCCAUAUCUUUUAAGGACUGUCUACUCCCCCUGGAUAUCUUGUCAUCCAAAACUCUUUCAGAGAUACCUCUUGAAGGGGUUUCUAAUGAAAACACCAUUUCAUGUCCCUAGAAUACACUUACCAUUUUUGUCUAGUUUAUCUUCAAAUAUUUUUUGUAUAUUCUCUCCCCUGAUUUGGAACUAAUGUGACUGACAAUUUGCCAGCUCCCUUCUUUACGUAUUCUGAACAGGCCCACACUUCCCUCCCCUGCUCUUGAUGGUUUUUAAACAUGGCUAAUUUGGGGUUGAUUCCUUUGGUGAAAAUGAUAGCUUCUAAACGUUUCUAAAAUGUUUACAUACGAGGCAAGGCUAGGCAGGAAUGUCAGAGGUAAGCAACCUGGAUGGUUUAACAAUGCUGCAGUGAACUAUUAGGACUUGCCCAAGUGCACUACAACAGGUCCACAAUGUAUGUAUCUUUCACAUUUUCUACGUGCGUACAUUCACAUAUAUAUUUUUGUUUAACCGCAAUGUAUUUGAAAAUGAUCAUAAACAGCUGUAUUGAAAAUUUGUUUUCAAUUAAAUUUCUGUUUAAAAGUC